ACGAGGCAGCAGAGGACCAGCAGCUAAAAUCACUGAUUUUCUCUGUGGACUUCUGGUUCACAAACUUCUAACACAAGCAAGAUGACGACGUGGUCAUAGAAGCUGGUGUAGAUGUUCUUUCGUUAAGUGUUCAGUGUUUCCGUGUGUCUCGACGAUGUGAACACGCUUUAAAAUACAAAUCUGAUUUAUCUGUUACAAUGUUACAAAAAAAUGUCUGUUACGUUAUGAUAUUUUUUGUUUCAUAAUUCUAUUAAAGUUCGAGUUAAACCUUCCUAUUUUCAGUAGAAUUAAUAAAAUGUGAUUUUUAUUUUGAAAGGCUCGUUCUUUCCUGCUGGCUUGCCGUAGUAGUUCCGUUUCCCUGGUAACCACACUCAACAACAUCAUCUAUUCUCGAGCAUUCAGCUUCACGUAUUUUUCUGCUCUCGAAAUCAUUAUGUCCGCCCACCCUGAUCCUCCGGAGCAGCGGGACUUGCACCGGAUCCUCACCGUGUUUGAGGGCUCUGCUCCGGAUGACGUGUCCCACGCCCGGCGCCUCUGGAGCGCGCUGUCCCUGCUGCCGCCGCUGGAGUCCCGGCUGGUGUCGGCUGACAUCCGCCAGAGGCUGCCGGUGUGCCGGCCGCAGCGCGGCAGAGCGUCCGCCCCGGUGCCGCAGAGCGUCUCUGCGCCUGUGCGGCAGCGGCAGGAGGAGCGGCGGCGGUACGAGGCCAUGGCCGAGCAGAGGAGGGAGAUCCUGGCUCUGCUGAGGAGGCAGAGGGAGCAGAGGGUCCACCAGAGGGCGCUGCUGUCCCAGGCCCUGAGACCGAGACUGAAGCUCCACGGAGACAAAGCGCAGAAGGUUCCAGACUGUGAUGAGAUGGACAAGCAGCUGGUCCUACAGCUGCAGUGACUUCCUGUACGUCCAACAUAAAUGAGACGUUCGCGCGGUAAAUCUAACAAACACUAUUGUUCUUCUGGUGUUUAAUAAUAGUCACAGUUUAUCAUCAUGACAUCAUGUCCCUGACUGUUUGUAUCGUCUCAACUUUAUAAAAAAGACUUCACACUGUU